UAUAAACAGGAUGGAAAAUUACCCAUUAAAUAUUAAUAAUAAUAAUAGUAAACACACAAAAAAAACUUAAGAUUUAGUUAUAUUAGCAUCACAAACAAGUCGACGCCAAUUCAAAUUAGUUGUUCUGAACACAACUCUGAAUCGGUUGCUCUAGCAACGAUGUUAUGAUAUUAAUACACAAUUUCUUUCGUAACGUAUAACGAUUUUAACAAAUAUUUGGCGCAAACUGAAGUAAACAUAUGGCAUAAUACUCUUAUUGCUUACUAUACGAGUAGUUACCGUGUAAAUUACUCUUCAAUUACGCUUCUAAAAGCAACUUUACAAAUAUAACGGAAACAUGCAAAAAACAAUGGACAAGGUGACGAAAGAUCGCAAAAAUGCUCAUGGCAAGGUAAAAGGAACAGAACUUAUCACUACCACUGCUACAAUUCCUUCAAAAUACCAAACUGUUGUGAUUGUUGAAAGUGAUAAAAAAGGCUUCCUUACAACAGCUAAACGCUUUAAAAAUAUAGCAAAUGAUAUUCCUGGACCUGGAAAAUAUGAAACCCUCUCAGAAUUUGAAUCAAACAGUGCUUCAUACUCAAAAAAAGGGACUGGUGGUCUGGCAUCAAUGAGUAAACGUAGAUUUUCUUUGUCAAGAACUGAAAGUAGCGGCACAUUUGUUUCACUCCCUUCAUCAUUCAAUACCAAGCGUGACUUCAAUCGUUCUGGCAACACUAGAGCGUUCCAAAAGAAUAUUGCUGAACAAGUGGAACACAUUCCACUACCAGCACCCAACCAAUAUCAGAUACACUCAAAACCAAAGAACAAAAUGUCUGCAGAAUCAGCCUUCCGUUCACAAACCAAACGAGAGGUCACAAACUUUCAGACAGCUUCACAAAUUCCCGGUCCAUGUCAAUAUUCUGUUAAUUAUGAUUUGGUACUAACUAGUCCCAAAACAAUAUCCGGUCCUUUUAAAUCUAAAUCAAGUCGGAUCCUAGCAGUUGAGGAACUGUCAGUUCCUGGGCCUGGAUCAUACAACCCAGAAGCAAAACAUUCAAUGAAUAAGAAACCUAAAGAUUUAAGGAAACAUUAUUUAUGUUUAUCUGCACCUGCCCAUCAAAUGAAGCCCCAACCAUCAGUUCCAGGACCUGGAGCAUAUGAAAUUAAAUCAGAAUUUACAAAGAAAGCUGUAAGGCAUGUGUCCAGCCCAGCUUUUGUUUCAACUGCCAAGAGAAUGGGUCCUUCUCCUGAUACAUCUGGACCAGGGCCAGCUGCAUACUAUCUGUUUAAUCCUCCGAGAAAGCAAUCUUUCUAUCUGAAUGUUGACACCAAGUGGAUUUAAAGAAAUCAGAACAGAAAAAGAAGAAAAGAACUGACACGAAAAAAAAAAAAAGAUUCAAAGAAAACUAGAGAGAGUGGGGAGAGGGAGAGAGGAGAGAGAAAUGAGGA